CGGGGCCUUCCACCAUCCCUGCAGAGAUAACACAAUCCAUUCGCACUGCAUGUGCAAGCUCUUCCAGGUCAGCGUCAUCACGCAACACCAAGAGUGAAGGCUCAGGCCCAAGACCACGGGAGAAGAAGCAUGCCUGCUGGAUGUGCGAGAAGUCCUUUGAUAGGCCCUCCACGUUGAGAAAGCAUUUACUCGUGCACACAGGAGAAAAAGCAUUCGUGUGUGACACCUGUGGCCGUCGUUUUGGCGUUGCGUCUAAUCUUAACCGUCACGUUAAGCGGUGCAUUCUUAAGCCUGUAAACACUGCGAAUCGCACGAGCCAGAUGACAUCUAGUGACUCUGCUGGGACGUCACAGGAAGUCGCAUCCGUCCUGCCGCCGUCCGCUGCCUCGAGUGCUGCCGCAUCAUCAGAUUCUGAUCCACGACCAAACAAGCGUACUCGUGAUGAACCGGCUACGUCACCAUCAGAACAGCCCAAGGCGUCCGCGAAGAGGCGACGUCGUGCUCCGUCCCCGUCGCAAUGGAUACCGACUUCCCUUCUUCCAUUCAAUCUUUUCCCCGUAGAGUCUACAAAGGCGACUACCGUCCCCCUCCCACCUGUUACGGCAGUCAAAGAUGAUGUAUCCAACGAGUGGGUCGAGGAGCGCAACUCAUGGGAUGAGACUGUUGGCCUCACACCAUACCACCCAUGUGGGUGGAAAGGUACCCUCCCGGGCCCAGCCGUAGGGUUCGGCGGCAAAGAUGUAGGGAACGUCGGCCUCGUGAAUGGAGGAACGUACGUUAUGGGAAGACUCGUCAUGGUCUAAUCAUGUUGCCAUCUGCCGUGUUCUUCUCUGGAUUCUUGACUUUCUCGCUCAUGCUGGGAGGUUUCUUGACGUUCUUGCAGGCUUAUUUGGACUUCCUUGGUUUUGGUUCCGCCCCAGCAUUUAUUCCCGAUACACCACCUAGUACCCGCCAACUUUACAUCUGGCCUCAUCACUAUUUGCUUGUUUUUUUUUUGGCCCGUUAGGGGUUUUUGAAAUGCUGGUCAUCUGCAUGCAUCUAAAUUACGAUUGUUCCGAGUACGUACUGUAACGUUAGCUUGUUAUGAGAUUUGUGCCUGUAUCAAGUAUUAUCCUGACGAUAAUCCAUCCUGUUGUUGCUAUU